AUGGGAUGUGUUUUAAAUGCUCAAACCAACGCUUAUCUGCCCACAGAUCUGACUUCCUUAACCACAAAUUUGGAAACGGAUUAUUAUUUCUACGAUUAUGAAAAUAAUAUCCUCAAUUGUAAACUACUAACAAACAAUCCCUAUCAAUCCUAUUUCAAACAAGUCUAUCCACUGAUUAUCAACGAGCAUCAGCUGACAGAUGACAUGCUGAAUGUAUUGAAAACAUAUACGGAUAGUAAAUCAAAUGAAUGUUAUAUGAAAACGAAUUUAAAUCUACUAAGUGUGAAUUUAAACGAUAUCGAUUGGGAUUAUAUCAAUAAACUACGUUCGCUCUUACGAGGCUUGGUUCAAACGAAUCUAAAACAUUUCUACUAUCGUGGUUUAACACUCAGUGAUCGAGAAAUUCAAUAUUAUCUUGACAAAAGAAAUGAAUGCUAUUAUACGAAUUCGUUCACGUCGUUUACAGUUGAUCGUUUAUUGAUUUAUUCGGGUAAUGCGAUUCUGAUAUUGCGAACGGAUACAUGCAGUGAAAAAGCAAAAGUCAAUCUUGCGAAUAUAUGGAAAUGGAGUACGUUUGUGGAUGAAAAAGAAGCACUUCUAGCUGUAGGAACAAAACUGAAAGUUUUGAGCGUACAUUUUUUUGGUUGUAAAUGGGAAAUUGAAGUUGAGUUAGUCGAGGACGAUACAGAUUUGUCUGAAAUUAGCUAA